AUGAAAUAUCUACAAUAUUUUGAGUUAUGUGUUUCCUUUGUUAAUGUCUUCCUAUAUAUAUCUGUAGUAGGGUUUGAAACCAUUGAUACCACGUUAGGGUUUGUAUCAAAGCCACUCAAUGAGUCCAAUUUCAUCAUUCAAAAGCCAUAUGAUGUUCCACUUGAGCAACGAUACAGCUAUUCCCAUGGUGUUCAUAAGCUUUGGGUGAUCAAGACAGACAAACCUCAUUCUGAAACUAGCAAUACUAAUCCACGUUCUGAGAUCCGCAUUCAAGGUUAUGACUACUCUUCGGGUGUUUGGCAAUUUGAAGCAUAUGGAUAUGUGCCAUGUGGGACUACUGGGGUGAGUAUCAUGCAAGUUUUUGGAUCAGCCCCACCCAACGCUACAACCACAAUGCUAAGAGUAUAUAAUAGUAGUCUUUAUUAUUACAAGGAUCCUAUGAUCAUUCGUGACUUAUAUAACAAAUGGUUUCGUUUCAAUGUUAUCCAUGAUGUUGAACAAAACAACGUCAAAGUUUAUGUGGAUGGAGUUCUCAAGUAUGAGGGAUGUGGACACGGUGGAACAUCCCAUUAUUUCAAGUGCGGAGUCUACACACAAGACCAUGCUUCGUUUUAUAUGGAGUCUCGAUGGAAAAACAUUAGAGUUUUAGAAAAAUAUUAUUAG